AUGGAGGAGAUCUCCAAUGCUGCGCACGCACUUCUCCCACAUGGGCUGGAUGCUUAUGAGGAAAAGCUGGAGUUCUUCCUUCGAGAUCAAGUUUCUGCUGGCACAAUCGUGCCUGCGCACCGAAGGCCAUGGUGCGGGGUGAAUCUAGGUGGUUGGCUUUUGCUUGAGCCCGGUCCGUCGGCUCCUCUUUUUCCAGGCGAGCCGCAGCUCCGCUGCGAAUGGUCGCUGAUGGAAUCGUUGAGGAGUCGUCAGGCCUUGCACGUCCUUCAUCGUCACAGAGAAACAUUCAUCCGCAAAGAGGACUUCCGAGCAAUCCGUGACAUGGGGCUCAACUCCGUGAGGGUGCCCUUUGGCUACUGGGUUGUUCUCGGCCCCGGAGCUGGAGAACCAUAUGUGGGGCCAGCUCUCGAUAUCCUGGACCGUGCUGUCGAGUGGGCGGAGGAGUACAACCUUGAGGUGCUGCUUGAUCUGCACGGCUGCCCCGGUGGAGAAAGUCCGGACGCUCCAUGUGGCCGGCGGCAGCGGCCAGAGUCGAAGUGGGCAUGGCAACAGUGGCGAAGGUUGGAGACGCUGAAAGCUCUUGAGGUUGUUGCCCAGCGAUACAGCGGCAGGAAAAGUGUGACAGGCAUUGCCGUGUGCAAUGAGCCAUCGCGUCUGAUUCCCGCAGACAUCCUCGCCAGAUUCUACGACGAGGCAGUUGACGUCAUUCGCAAGGCUGGCAUGACAGACAGGGUCACGGUGGUGCUUCCGGUGUUCCAGCGGUGUCUCCGAACGUUUGAAGCGGUGUGGCGUCAGGUUUCAAGAGGACGACACAGCAACACCUGCUUCGAUGUUCACUACUACCACUGCUUCGAAGACACGUGGAAUCGCAUGACGCUUGCAGAGCACCUCCGAGCCGUUGAAGACCACGGCCGUGAACUCCAAGAGUUUCCUGCCGUGGUUGGAGAGUGGAGCCUUGCGCUUGGCGGUCGUGCUGCCUCAGCGAUGUGUCCGAAAGAGGCCAUGAACCUUUUUGGCAGGGCGCAGCUUCAAGCUUACUCGAAGGCUUCUCGUGGCUGGUUCUUUUGGAACUGGCGUGAUGGAGCCGGCCCUGCUUGGGAUUUUCGCACUUGCUUUCAAGAAGGCCUUCUGGAAGGCACGGCGCCCACCUUGCCUGCAUGGAACGGCCAGGGCGAGGAUCCCUUGGAAAGGUUGCUGGAGCCAGCUGCAAGCGAAGAUCCUUUUGUUCGUUAUGGCGAUGCCGUUUGCCUGCGCUGCUCAAGUGGCCGGUGUAUAGACGUCGAGAGGAGCAAGGUCUCGGCAAGAUGGUUCGAGGGUGGCGACUGGCAGACGUUUAUUGUUUGCCCGGCAUCAAGCUCUGCGGGUUUCAGCGGUGCAGUGCGUGAUGGAGACGUGAUUCGCCUCCUUGCGCACAGUGGCGUUUCCCUGGGUAUUUCGAUGGGCGGCAAGGUGCUUUGCCGCCCUGGAAGCAGCAUCAACUGCGAGCUAACUGUUUUGCUGAAGGAAAACCCUGGGUGCCGGCGGCAGUUGCGGCACAAGGACGAAGUCCACCUCCAGUGCAGGAAUUCGGGACGCGUGUUGGAUGUGGAGGGCUCUCGCGCAGCGGCCAGGUUUCAGGACUUCGGGGAGUGGCAGAGCCUCUCAAUCGAGCGCAAACUUCCGCCAGAUGCCUGCUCGAAAGGACUGAACGAGGCCUCUGCGCCGGAGAUAAUUCUCGAGGAGGCGGCACGGUCAUUGAAGCGGACCUCUGCGGUGGCGGAGCUCGCGCUGCCCUCGCCUUUGCGAACGCGGCUCGCAGGUGCUCAAGCCAGACUGACCGCAGUGUAG